AUGCGGCGGGCAAGCAGCUUGCGCCUUGACGUCAUUGCUCUUGGUGCUGCGGUCAAGGCCUGCGCAGGGGCGAUUGCGUGGUCAGCAUCUCUUCAACUCGUAUGCAGCACGGAGCAGGCAGGCGUUGGAGCGGACACAUUUACGCUGAAUUUGGUGCUCGGUAGCACAGACCUGCCCAAAAAGUGGAGGCUUGCGCUGGGCAUCCUGGAGCGUCAGAGGCGCUUCCUACAACCUGACAUCAUCUCGUACGGCUCCGGCUCUGCCUCCUGUUCUCGAGCAAGCAAUUGGAGCGAGGUCUGUAGACUCUAUGGUCAGCUCAGCAUCUUCGGGCUGGAGAAGGACACCACGAUGCUCAGUACGGCCCUGACAACAUUCGAGAAGGCGUCACAAUGGGAACGAAGUUUGUGCACCUUCUGGCGCACUCGACGAGAGCAUCAGCUUCGUCUCGACAGGCAUACUUUCAAUGCAGCUGCCAGCUCUUGUGCAGCCGGAUUGCAGCCCGAGUUGGCAAUUCGUACCAUGCAGGACAUGAAGCGGCUGACUAUUCAACCAGAUGUUGUCACCUUCGGGGCAAUGGUCACUGCCACGGAGAAAAGCCAGCUUUGGCAACGAGCAACGAACUUGUUGCAGCUCAGCAUCUCACAAGGCAUGCCCUUGGAUGUCGUGCUGGCCAGCUCCACAAUCAGUGCGUGUGAGAAGGCGUUGAGAUGGCGAUGGGCUUUGGAGCUGGCAGAGACACUACGAUGCGCUCAUGACCUGAUGCCCAACGAGAUUAUGUGCAACGCCUUGAUCAGUGCUUGUGCUUCCGCUGGCCAGUGGCAGCUGGCGUUAUCUUUCUUGGGUGAGAUGCCGGAACUGGAGUUGAAACCAAGCACUGUUUCCUACAAUGCUGCAGCAGAGGCAUGCCAGAGAGCCUUGUCAUGGUUUGGUGCGGUAAGCAUCUUGCAAGGCAUGCGACAGCGGACUGUGCAGACGGAUGUCAUCACGCUGUCUUUAAUUGGAGCACCUUGCGAAUGUUCGGGCCAGUUUGGCACCUUGCCAAGUCUCGUCUCUAGCAUGCUGAACUAUUCCAGGUCCCGGCUCCAGGCACAGCAUGCAAUUACCGCCGUCGAAUUCCUGACGGCCCAUGCCUGUUUGCAGGAAAGAGUUGCCAAGUCCUUUGAACGCUUCGAGUGGAAGCGUCUUGUCAACAAGCUACGAGAACUCUGUGCACCCACGUAUGCCCCCCUGGCAUCGGAGAGGACGUCGGCCAGACUGUUCGACUAUGAAUUAAAUCAAUAUUUCACAUUGGGCGCAUUUUUCGUCGACAGGACACUGGGGUGUUUUUUUGGGGGCCGGAGUCCAGCCUGGAGGAGUCGUGGACAUGUCUACACAAGGCGCUCGACGGCGGAGCAUUUCUUAGAGGCCGGUACGAGAGUGGAAGAAGAAGCCAGCGCUCACAGUCUGGCCGCUUGGAUCAGCUGCGUUGAUGUUGGUGAUGGUAUCGCAAGAGGUGUGUUCGGCUAUGGCAGCACUCGUGCUGCACAGUCCUGGCUUCUCCCGGUGAAUGUGCAGCAUGAUCGCUCCAGGCAUUCUGAGCGGCUGGCACUACUGUGCAUCCUUCGCCGUGAGCUAACCACGGAGGCUCGUGUCCAGCGACAUGUUCGGGAGAUGGCACCUGACGUCGAGCGCUGGUCUCUAGCUUCGCAGGGCACACCUCGACCAGAGGAUGACCCUGAUGGACAAGUAAUGGCCGAGGUCACGCGCCUGUGGGAAGGCUUAGAACCGAAGCUGAUGUACUUGCUGGUUCGCGAUUUGUUUCCUGCCGACGGGAGCACGGAUGACAGGCACAAGUGCAAUAUCCAGCAUGACGCAGAGCUCCUUGCUUUGUUGAAGGCACGGCGCUGGAACCCAACUUCUGCUUCAGUGCAGGUGGAUGUUAUCGUUGGCGGCUUGCUCCAUGACACAGUCGAAGACAAUCCUACGAUUCACUUUGAGGAUCUGGAGGAAAUCUUUGGGCCCGAUGUCCGUCGUAUUGUUGAAGGAGAAACCAAAGCCUCCAAGCGAACGGCUCUGGGCGGACGUGGCAAUUGGAGCAGACGCUACACAUCUUUGUUUAGCAUCUUCUUUGGCAAAAAGACGCCUUCAUCAACAUCCGAUGAUGUGAGUAAGGCCCGUGAACAAGCAGAGAACCUGAGGGACAUGUUCUUAGCCAUGGCUGAUGAUUAUCGGGUGAUCCUGGUAAAGCUUGCUGCCGGCGCCCGAGUAAAACAGCAUGCCUUGAGAGCUCGGCUCCUGACUGUGGAGGCACGUUCAGGUGCGCAGGCCAGCAUCAAGGACGUCGUUUGUGUUGAGCUUUCACGAGCGGUAAGAGGCCCCAGUGAGGACAAUAUUGACGACAUCAUUGCAUUGCGAGUUGUUCUUGACAUUGACCGCUUCGAGGGGGAAGGUGACGAAGAGUUCGCCAAGCGAGGCGCAGGUUUCUGCUACCAUGCCCUGACAUUGAUGCGGAAGCUUCCCAACUGGACCGGCGGCGACAGUCUGAAAAAUUACAUCGCUUUCCCGAAACCAAAUGGUUAUCAGUCAUUGCAUGCGACCUUCGUCCAUGAUGACGCACCAGUGCCAUUGGAAAUACAGAUUCGGACCAGACAGAUGCAUGAAGUCGCUGAGUACGGCAUGGCAGCACAUUGGACUUACAAAGACGAGCUGCGCGGCGACGGAGAGCAACACAAGUCCAAGAUGCUCAGCCGACGAGUUGCAUGGCUAGAGUCGCUCGCAGACAAGGAUGGAGACUUGCGAACUGAUGCCCAACAAUUUGUGGAAGAGGUUUUGCGAGAUGAGCUUGGCAGAAGGUGUUUCAUAUUCCUGAGAGACGGAACCAUCCUGAAUCUCUCCAGAGGCUGCACCGCGCUGGAUGCGGCGUUCAAGAUUCACUCUGAGCUUGGGCUGCACAUGGUGCACGCAGUGGUCAACGACAAGAAGGUACCUCCAUUUUAUCAGCUCCACAAUGGUGAUCGUGUCAACAUCGUCACCUCGGAUGAAGCAGUUCCCCAGAGAGAGUGGCUGGCAUAUGCAUUUCUCCGGUCUACCCGCAACAAGCUUGCGGCCUACUUUAGAAGGACGAAGAAGGACAAAGAACGUGCAGUGGAUUUUGCGGCAGCUGUGGCGACAGCAGCAACUGCAGCAGCUGCACUACCCCUUGUACAUUAG